AUGAUCCGCCCUAGCGGACGACGAUCCGCCAUUGCCUAUUCGGCCUCGGCAACGUCCAUUGGCAGCAAGCGGACGAAUGUCCGCCCUGCGUCAGCGGGUCAGCAGCGCCAGAGCGAAUGCAGCCCUGACAGCUGCACGGCUCAGAAGCAGACGACUAACAUCGGGGCAGGCCAUCGCUUUCCCGCACAUCCCAUCCUCGCAGUUGAUUUGAGGGCGGACACCCAAGCGGACACCCAAGCGGACUCCCCAGCGGACCCCCAGAGGACCCCCAAAGGACCCCAAGCUGACCCCGCAGAGGUGAUGUGGGCGUCGUACAGCGUCGGUUAUGCCCCGCUGCGAUAG